CUGGAGACAUCGAUAGCAGCGAGCCAACAUCGAUUCAAGUUCCAGCUCUAUACUGUGGCCACACACGCGUUUUUUCCCAAAUCGUGCUUUUUUUUGUGAAAUUUCGUUUGUUGCAAUCGGCAUUUCAUUAAUUUCGCGCAGCCAACGGAAAACCCAGCGCGGGCACGAAACCGAGUCAAAGUUGCCAGCAAGUGCGUGCAAUUGGCCGCAGGAAAAUGCCAAAAUUCGGACCGAUUCGCAGCGCGCGUGUGUGUGUGUGAGAAGAGUGAAGAAGAGGAGCGAAGAAUUGCGAAAGCAGUGUGUGCAAGGCGGAAGAAGCACAAAGACAAAAGGGAGGCGAUAAAAAAUUCGGCAGGCGGUGCGGUGCGGUGCUGUCCGGCGAUCGAAACGGAACGAAACGAAGCGAAAAGAAUCGCAGGAGCAAAACAAGGCGGCAUGCCGGAAAGCGUGCCCAGCAUUCACAUAGACGAGGUGGUGGCCAAAGUUAAACCCAAGGCGAAUGCUGUCAGUUUGUGGCGCCAAACGGAAUAGUUUUUAAAAAUAUCGCCGCGUGUGUGAAAUCUCGGCGAAACUCGGGAGAAAAGAAUAAAAAACCACGACGGCGUGCGUAAGCGCACUCACACGCUCGCACACGCACAGACAGAGAGAGAGCGAGAGCGAGAGGGAGAGAGCGACAGCUAAGAGCCAGAGCGAGUGAGCGCUACACACGCACACAAACUCGCUGGCAGGAAUUGCAACAGUGUGUGCUUCUUUUUUUUUUUUUUUGUUGUGUGCGCGGCGGCGCUUCUUUUUGGCUGCUUUUUGUGUCUCUCUUUUGGGCCGUUGCUUCGCCGGCUAAGAAGGAAAAGCGAAAUUUGAAAUUGGCAUAAUGGAGGAUGGUCAGGAGCAAAGGGAAUCCUCGCAAGCGGAGCUGUCCAAGCUGCAUCCGAUGACGCCGCUGAAGGAGAUGCCCGAAGAAGAGGAGGAGGAGGAGGAGGGUGAGGAGGAGGAGGAGGAGGGUGAGGAGGAGGAGGACGAAUCCUCGGCGGGAGCCAAGCAGUCCAAUAGCAGCAGCAGCAACAACAACUCCAUCAUGGGCAAGAUGAAGAUGCGCGUCUCCAGCAUUCUGCCCGCCUCCCUGAGCGGCUGGUUCUCGCCCUCAUCGAAGGGUGGCCCCGAAUCCUCCCCAGCCAAUCUCCACCAGCCUCGCCAGGCCAACGGACGCUCCACCACGAAGCGGAAACGCGGACGCCGUCGCAUCAUGCUGGCCGAAGCGGAUGCCGAUGCAGCCGACGACCUGGACGACGGUUCCGAUGCCAAGGGGCUCAACUACGAGGAGGUGGCCCUGGCCGACAACAUAGCCGAGCACGACCUGGCCGCCGAGGAUGAGCAGACGCGGCGCAGCGAGUACAAUGUGUUCCUGCUGCGCAAGCGACGCGAGGCGGUGGAUGCCGCCGCUGCUGCCGCUGGCGAGGAUGAGGCCGAUGCCGAGGAGGAUGAACUGGAGGAGGAGGAUGACGAGGAGGAAGACGACGACGAGGAGCAGGAGAAUCUCUUGCAGGCAGCCGCAGCGCAGCCCAAAAGGCGGCGUCUGGAGCUGGAGACCACCGUCAACUUGCGUCGUCUGCCUUUAUUGUCAUCCACGCCUGCUGCCGGCCCUCUUGCAGGUGCCACCAGCUCCUCCUCGCAGUUGGCGGGCGCCAGGAGCAGAAGCCAGUUGGCUCCUCACCGGCGCAACCACCUCAACUUGUACGGCGGCCAAAGGCAGCGCGAACCAGCCUACAACUUUUUCACGGGCAACGAAGCCGCCGAGGGCAUCACCGGGGAUCUGCCGCACAGCAUCCGUCGCUCGUUGAACAUACCUUUCGGAGGCAGCACCGCCAUCUCCAGCCUUCCCAACCACAAGCGACCCUCGCUUCUGGGCCAGCGAACACAUCGUAGGGAUCUGGUGGCCAUGGAUGAAACGGGUCUGGGCUCCUCAAUAUCCAAUUCCGACGGCGAGCGGCUCGAUCAUUUGCUGAGGAUCAGCAAGACCAACAACAACAUAAGCAACAAUAACAAUAAUAAUAACAACAAUGUCAUCAAGUCAAAGUCAAGAGGAGGAGGAGCUGGUGGAGAUUCGCAGUCCGAGAGCGAUGUAAACGAUUACCACGACAAUGGUGAGGGACUGCGACCGUCGUCGCAUCACAACAGCAACAGCAAUCUGGAGUUCUACGGCAAUCUGCAGAGCACCAAGUCGAUAUUCAACAGGAGCAACGCCGCCACCGCGCAGCCAUCAUCGCAUCGCAAUUCCACGUGGUCCCUGAACUCGCUGAACCAGCGGCGUCGCUUCAAUGCCUCCAUUUACGGCAGCACGUCGGCCCUGAGCGACAGUCGCCUGCUGAGUCGCAGUGCCUCAACCUCUGGCUCGGCAUCGGCUUCGGCCUCCAGUUCGCCGUUCUACCAGGGACGCACCACCUUUGGCGGCAAUUCGGCCAACAAUCGGGUGUUUAGUCGCAGCAAUCUAAGCUCCUCGGCCGCCUCCUCCACGCUGGCCAUUAAUUCGGCUGGCAGUUCACCGGCGCUUUCGUUGACCGCCGGUGGCAUUGGUUACGGGAUGAAGGCAGUGGAUAUGCGACCAACUGCCGCCGCAGGUGGUAAUCUCUCUGAAACAUCUGUAAGCCAGAGUGGCGGCAAAAAGUCCGGCUCCGGCCUGUCGAACACCACGCUGCGCAUCCUCAACCUGCUGGACAGCUACUCCACGCCAUUGAUCGAUGCCAAGCGCAUGGGCAGCACCCUCAAGGAGCACCAAAGCAGUCGCCAGCAGCGUCAGGCAGCUCCGGUCGCAUCGCCGUAUCCACGUCCCUCGGCGGCGGCGGCGGCGGCGUUACGCGCUACGCCCAAUCUGUCCACCGAAUUGGCCGAGCUGCGCUCUAAUAAACUGCUGGUGCCCACCAUGCAGCAGCUUUUGGAACGCCGGCGCCUGCAUCGCGUUACCCAGAACUCCCGCGAUGUGGUGCACAAUUCGCGCGUGGAGAACCAGCCAAAUCCAAACGCAAACCCGAAUCCAAAUCCAGAGAAGGCCAAACAAUAUGUUGCUCCUCCUCCGGUGGAUCAGCCGGCCAGCCAUAGUCAGCAGCACACAAACAAGAUGCGCUCGCGACUCUCGCAUCAGACGCGCAACAAGGAGCCGCGCACGGAGCUGGAGGAGGCACCCCUGCCGCCGGAUCUGCCGCAGAUCAGCUUCCCGGACAUGGCCAGUGCGCCAAAGUUCGACUUGGUCAUCAAACCGACGACGGUGCCAGUCUCCAAGCCAUCUGCCGUGCUCCCAAUCGUUAGUAAUAAGCAGCUGCCCAACUUCCUGGCCAAUCCACAGCCUGCGGCUCCCAUUGUUAACUCUUCCGCCAAUGGAAACGUCAUCCCAGCAGCCGCUAGUAAACCAAUGGGACGCACAUUCAGCUUCUCGGAGCCCACACCUUUGUCGAGUUCGCAGGUGAACUGUGUGGACAAGCUGGAUAUCAAGCGUAAAUACUACUUCCCUUCACCGGCUUCACUAAAUGAGGUGCAACCACAGCCGCCCACUAUGAAUGGAGCAAUGGGAUUCGGUGAGCAGUUUAAAAAGUCCGCCAAGGAAUGGGAGUGCGACAUGUGCAUGGUGCGCAACAAGGCGGAGGUUAGCAAGUGUGUGGCCUGUGAGACGGCCAAACCGGUAGCGAAAUCUGGAGCUCCCCCUCCUCCUCCAGCACAGGCAGCACCAUUUGUGCCACUUUCUGCCGGCUUUGGGGAUCGUUUCAAGAAAUCCUCUUCCGCCUGGGAGUGCGACGCCUGCAUGCUGUCCAACAAGGCGGAGGCCAGCAAGUGCAUUGCCUGCGAGACGCCCCGAAAGACUGCGACUGCGACUGCGGCUCCGAAGGUGAACAACUUUCCGCUGAUGAUAAACAAUUCGGGUGGAGUUUCCGGUUUUGGUAUGGCCUUCAAGCCAAAGGCGGAUACGUGGGAGUGCCAGGUGUGCCUGGUGAUGAACAAGUCCAGUGCCGCCGAGUGCGUGGCCUGCCAGUCGCCCAAGCCAAAUUCGCAAGCCAAAGGCGCCCGUAGCCCAACUACAUCGUCCUCCUCCUCGUCAUCCUCCUCGGGAUCAUCUUCUGGCUCAUCCUCGGGCUCAUCCUCGGGUUCAUCCUCUUCGUCGAGCAGCUCAGCCUCGGGUGCAUCCUCCCCAGGAAGAUCAGCAUCAGCAGCUGCAACGGAGACGCCCAAGCAGGAUGCUGGAUUCAAGCAGCUGGUGGCAGCCCAAAAGGCAGCCAGUUGGGACUGCGAUGCUUGCAUGGCCCAGAACGAUAUGUCGCGCGUCAAGUGCAUCUGCUGUGAGCAACUGAAGCCGGGAGCAGCCAGCCCCGCCUCCACGUCCUCCGUGAUCUCGAUUUCCUCCUCCGACAGUAGCGCCAGUUCGGUGCCCAAAUUUAGCUUUGGCUUUGCGACGGUCAAGGAGGUGGUCAAGCAGCCAGCUGCGGAACAGACUCCGGCUGCUCCAGCAGCUGCUCCUUCCCAGUUUAGCUUCGGCUUUGGGGGCAGCAGUGUGGGCAAGGAUGUGGCCGACAGUAAGAAGGCGACGACGGAAGCCACAAAGACUUUUGCGUUCGGCGUUGGCAAAGUGGAUCAGCCCAAGACGGUGAGCUUCAAGGCGGAUACAAAGGAUACAGAGACUAAAACUCCAGCUGCAGCUGCACCAGCCCUUCAGUUUGUAUUCAAAGCACCAACUACGGCAACCACUGCAACCACGGCCACCUCAAUCACUACCACAACCACCAGCAGCAGUAGCAGUAGCACCACUGCUCCUGCUUUGGCAGCCUUUAGCUUUGGCGCUCCAUCUUCAUCCUCGACUGUGUCCAGUUCCACGGCCAGCACGGCUGUCAAGCCCAUGUUUAGCUUCUCGGGAGCCGGCAGUGCAGUCAGCAGCAGCAGCAGCAGCAGCAGCAGCUUUGGUGUCUCCUCGAAUGCCAUUACAACAACGACGACAGCCUCCUCGACGACAGCCUUUGCCUUAGCACCGGCAGUAACUCCAUCUCAAGCUGCACCUGCUCCAGCUGCCAACUUUAGCUUUGGAACAAGUGCAAGUGCAAGUCAGCCGAAGACGUCGUCCGCUGGAACCUUCUUCUUUGGCCAGACACCAGCGGCAGCCGCGACGCCAGCAACGCCAGCCAGCGUGAGCUCAAUCUUUGGAUCAACAGUGGCGAGCACUAGCAGUUCCAGCUUAAGUGUAACCACCACCAGCACGGCCGCCUCAACCCCGCAGCUCUUUGGCAACUGGGGUGAGAAGAAGACAACCACGACGGAGACGACGACCAGCGGCAGCAGCAGCAGCGCAACGAAGGCAUUCACCUUUGGAUCCGGAACGACGACGAGCACGCCCAGCUUCGGCUGGUCAAGCAAUGGAGCCGCGGCGGCGGCUAAGAUCACCAGUGCGGCGGUGUCAUCCUCGUCGGCCUCCACAAUGGCCACGCCGGUCUUUGGCAGCAGUCCCAUGUUUGGAGCUACUAGCAGCAGCAGUACCAUCAGCACCACCAGUAGCUCACCUUUUGGAUCGACAGCGACGGCGACAACGGCGGCGGCGGCCACACCGGCAGCUAGUUUGGGUGGCAACGGAGCCCUCGCCGGGGUCUUUGGCCAUGUGGGCAACUCACUGGUUGCCUCAUCUGGAGCACCUGGAGCCGCCACGCCGGCUACCUCUGCCUCGGCCGCCUCGACCGCUGCUCCGCUGGCCAAUAUCUUUGGCCAUCCGACGCCCAUUGCGGCGGCAGCGCCUGUUUUUGGCAGCGGCAGCAGCAAUACGAGCGGAGGAUUCGGAGCAGCUGCAGCUGCAGCUGCCACAUCGGCCGCAACAGCGGGCCCGGGAUCGAAGCUAGCAUUUAACUUUGGCGGAGGAGCCGCAGCCGCGCCAGCUCCCUCGAGUGCACCAUUCAAGUUUGGAAGCACCACCAAUGAGCCGGCGGUCAAGCCUGCGUUCAACUUUACGGGCUCCGCGGCGAGCUCGACUCCUCAGGCGGCCACCUUCAACUUCUCGGCCAAUCCGGCGGCCACCAGUCUGUCCGGCGGCGAUUCGCAGUCGCAGCCGCGCAUCUUCCAAUUUGGAAAUCCAUUAGCGGUGGUUGAUAGCCAGGCUAGUGGAGCGGGAGGUGCCAACAACAACUCCACCUCCGGCGGUAUGCCCAUAUUCAAUUUUACCGCCGCCGCGGCGCCGCAGAUGCAGUCAACGCCGAAUGCCAAUGCACCGUUCCAAUUUAGCGCCGGUUCCCCAGCGCCAGCCAAUAUAUUUGCCUUCAAUCCGCCAGCCGCUGGCAAUUCGGCGCAGAAUUCUCAGAUGGCUCGUCGCAAGAUCCGGACUCCCGUGCGCCGCCUGCCGCCCCGGUAGAAAUGGCAUCGCAGUCGGCCGUCGAGAUAGCAAAUGCAUCUGCUGAGGCCGCCAUCGGAUUAGGCUUAGGAUGGGGGGUGCUGCCAGGAGGAGGAGGCGGAGGCGGAGGAGCAGCAGC